AUAUUGAAAGGUUCGGUUGUACAGUUCGUGCGAAUCACUGAAAGAAAGUUCUACGUGCCAUAAUAAUUUUUUCAUUUAUUUCUGCUCAUAAAAUGUAAAUAUGACUGCUCUGUCAAGUGAAUCGCCGAUUUUAAUUGAAACAACUGCAAAAUCAACAUCUACUCUCUCUAUUAAGGAGGAUAAUUCUAAUACAGGUAUUAAUUCCUACAUCAUGCACUCACCAAGUAUUUUACUGAUUUCUUGUCAUUUUGGCUUUUUGCAGCUCUCAUAAUUACUAUUAUAUGUUUUGGAGCGGGAACAUUUAUGAUAUUACUCGGAUGUUUGCUCUUGGGCUAUUAUAUACACACUUUGAAGUAAGUCUAGUUAAGCAAAAACAAACUACAGCCAUGCAUACUAUAGAACGUAGACGACAGCAUAAUAAGCACCUCCAAAAAUAUAACCAGAUGAGAAACUCCUACACUUCACCUCCGAUACCACCCACCUCUCCUCCAAUAUUUAGUGAAGAUCCAUCGACAGUGUCGACAUCAGACGGAUAUGCAUAUGUUAAUGAUGCUUUUGCGAAAGACGGAACAAUUACGAUAAUUAAUGAUGAAAAAAGAGCAUCCGCCAAAUCCAUACCACCAGGUCAGAAGUUCAUUGUUAUAGAGAAUGGACAAAAGAAGGCAUUAAGAAAUUAUACCAUAGAAUAG